GGUGGAGAUCCUCAUGUUCCUCAGCGCCAUCGUCAUGAUGAAGAACCGCCGCUCCAUCACGGUGGAGCAGCACAUCGGCAACAUCUUCAUGUUCAGCAAGGUGGCCAACGUCAUCCUCUUCUUCCGCCUCGACGUGCGCAUGGGGCUGCUCUACCUCACGCUGUGCAUCGUGUUCCUCAUGACGUGCAAGCCGCCGCUCUACAUGGGCCCCGAGUACAUCAAGUACUUCAGCGACAAGACCAUCGAUGAGGAGCUCGAGCGGGACAAGCGCGUCACCUGGAUCGUGGAGUUCUUCGCCAACUGGUCCAGCGAGUGCCAGUCGUUCGCGCCCAUCUUCGCCGACCUCUCCCUCAAGUACAACUGCCCGGGGCUGCACUUCGGCAAGGUGGACGUGGGCCGCUACACGGACGUCAGCAGCCGGUGCGCGGGGGCCGGCGGCGGCGCGAGGGCCCAAGAGGCUCUUUGGAAGAAAUCGGCUUUUGUGGAGCCCACGCUUGGGGACUCCCCUGGUUGGUAG